AUGGUUUGUGCGAAUUGUGAAAAGAAGCUUGGGAAAGUCGUGACCCCCGACCCGUGGAAAGCCGGAGCCCGGAACACGACCGAAGGCGGCGGACGAAAAGUGAACGAAAACAAGGCCCUAACUGCAACGAAAAACAGAUACAAUCCCUACUCAGCAGGCUUCAACAAGUGUAGGAUCUGCGGCCAAGUCGUGCAUCAGUCGGGUUCCCACUAUUGCCAAGGUUGCUCGUACAAGAAAGGAAUCUGUUCCAUGUGUGUACGAAAAACUACCGUCAGUCGUCAACCUGAGAGUUUCGUCAUGGUGAACACGGUGUCAAUAGUGUCCACGAUCGAAUCGGGACACCAGGACAUCAUUCAUGACGCGCAAAUGGAUCAGUUGGGUUUCCGCCUCGCUACUUGUUCUUCUGAUUGCAGCGUGCGAGUGUAUGACGUUCAGACGAAAGAAUUCGUCUCCGAACUGAGAGGACACGAAGGUCCUGUGUGGCAACUUGCUUGGGCUCCUUCUGUGUUUGGUUCUAUUUUGGCGUCUUGUUCUUACGACCAGAGGGUCAUCGUGCAAGAAGUGGGCGGUAAAUGGAACAGACUGCAUGAGUCCAAGGUGCACGAUGCUUCUGUGAACUCCGUUUGCUGGGGUCCGUCGGAGACUGGGCUCAUUCUCGCAGCGGGUAGCUCGGAUGGGUCCAUAAGCCUUCACAAAAGCACGAACGGGGUUUGGGACGUGACGAGGAUCAAGAAUGCUCACAAUUUCGGCUGCAACGCCGUCACCUGGGCAUUACAUUUGUCUCGUAAACCCCCGGGUGUUCAACGUCGCUUCGCUUCCGGUGGGAAUGAUAAUUGCGUAAAGAUUUGGUCGGAAACGUCGGACGGCUGGCGAGAAGAGACAAAGCUCGAAUAUCAUACAGAUUGGGUUCGGGAUGUUGCGUGGGCACCGUUUGCCGGCCUGCCGUUGAAUGUUAUCGCGUCGUGUUCUCAAGACAAGACGGUCGUCAUAUGGACUGAGGACAGUGGACGGUCUAGUGGAUCGUGGACUUCAUGUACGCUACCCGUGUUUGACGACGUGCUGUGGCACGUUAGCUGGUCCUUGAUGGGUCAACUUCUUGCCGUGUCCGGUGGCGACAACAAAGUUAGCUUGUGGAAAGAGGACAUGCGAGGUGAAUGGUUCGAGGUUAGCAAUCCUUCUGCGGAGAAAAACAAGGAAGUUGCUAACCGAUCUCCUCCUGCACCUGCGUCUACUUGA